AACAACAAUAACAAUAGUGAUGAUAGUAAUAAACAAGCGCCACUGAAUUUUCCAGAUUUAUGUUUAUUACGCAAAAAAUAGGAAUUUCAAGUCUACUUUAACCAAUUUGAGCUGACACUUUACACAUAACCAUGGAUCUUGCGGAGCGUGGAGCCGAGGAGACUACAAAAGUAGAUAAGGGCGGGAUUAACGCGUGGAGCGAUGUAUUAGGAUCACCUCGUUACGUGGUGGCACCCAUGGUGGAUGCCAGCGAACUUGCCUGGAGAUUACUCAGCAGGAGACACGGCGCCCAAUUGUGUUACACGCCAAUGCUGCACUCGUCGGUCUUCUGCAGAGAUCCGAAGUACCGGGCCGAAGCCCUUGCGAGUACUCCGGAGGAUCGGCCUUUAAUUGUUCAAUUUUGUGGCAAUGAUCCCGAGACACUGUUAAAGGCGGCUUUAUUAGCGGAAUCUUAUUGCGAUGCAAUUGACUUCAACAUUGGCUGUCCUCAAGCAAUAGCGAAAAGGGGCCAUUAUGGGGCUUUCCUGCAGGACGAUUGGGACCUGCUAAAAGAGAUCGUAUCAAAAAUCAGCAAAGGAAUUCGAAUUCCCGUCACGUGCAAACUUCGCGUCUUCUCAGAUAUCAACAAAACGAUCGAAUAUGCUAAAAUGCUGGAGGAGGCUGGAGCAAGCAUAUUGACGGUGCAUGGACGAACUAGGGAGCAAAAAGGACCGUUAACGGGUGUAGCAUCGUGGGAGCACAUACGUGCCGUCAGGCGCUCCUUAAAGAUACCAAUUUUCGCAAAUGGCAAUAUACAGUACCUGCAAGACGUUAAGAAAUGUGUGGAAGAGACGGGCGUUGAAGCUGUAAUGUCCGCCGAAGGCAAUCUUUACAAUCCCUAUAUCUUCGAAGGCACUUAUCCACCAAGUUGGGAGCCCGCCACGGAAUAUCUCGACCUCCUGGAGAAAUAUCCUACGCCGUCUUCGUUUAUACGCGGACAUCUCUUCAAGCUUUUCCAGCAUAUGUUUCUUUUAACAGAGAAUGCGACCGAGAGGGCAAACUUGGCUGAAAACUCAACGAUGGAAUCGUUUCGGAAUGUCGUUCAAGCUUUAAAAGACAGAUACUUACCUUAUCACGAAGGUCAUUUAAUAUGGCGACGAAAUAACGAAGAUUACAAUUUGGAACUUCCACCGUGGUUGUGCCAACCUUAUGUACGUCACAGUCCGGAAGAAUAUAUUAAUAAAAUAGAGGCAAACAAAUUUCAAACGAUUACAGAUGCAAAUGUGAAGAGAAUCAGCGAAGACCAACACGGGAAUCAAAUUUCACGAAAACGAUUAAAGAAACUGAGAAGAAUAGCUCGAAGACCGAAUAGACCAACAGUGCAUAUUAAACGUGGAUCAAAUUUGUGUGAAAAUUGCCCAAAUCCAUUGAGUUUAAAAUGUGAAUAUCAAUCAUGUCGACAAUGUUGUCGAAAUAAAUGUUUCGCCGAAAAUUUAGAUUGUACAGGACACAGAAAUUUGACUAAGACGAGGAGGAAAAUGGCAAUAGAAUUCGCUAAACAGAGAAAUAACAAUCCAAGUUGACAUUUAAAAGUAUUGUUCAGUUAUGCAAUAAAUGCUUAUAGAGAAAAUAAGCGUUUAAAGGGGUCGAUACUAAUGCAAACCACCAAUUUGUUACAU